AGCUGACAGUGUCUGAUAUUUUUCGGAUUUCUCGCUUGUUUUGUUUUUUGUAAACAAUGGUUUUUGUGAGCAGUUUUGCGAAUUAAUUAAUUAAACUUGCUCUUAUUUACUCGAACUUCUAACAUCCACCUAGACCACAAUCAUGCCUGAAGAAACUACAGUCAGCUCUAGACCAGACCGAGAGCUGAAGAAAAAAAUCAUAACACCCGGCGACUACAACGUUGUCCCGUACGAAGACUCCCGCUGUAAAGUCACAAUCACUAACUUAAAAUGUACUAAUGAAAGCGGCGACUGUGCAGUCGACCCAGAAAGCCAAGUCUUCAGUGCACAGUUCAAUGGAAUAGUCCUCAUAGGAGACUUGGACAGCUUCAUAGAUAAAGAUUUCGAGCUGAUUCUGCAGCAAAUGUGCAAUGGAGAGGUGUGCGAGGCCACGAUGACGUAUCGAGACUGCGAGGGGAAGCUGGCCGCAGAGUAUAAGUUCACUUUAGAGCUGAAGGAGACAACGGUGGAGCAGCUAGUCAGUGACUGGGGGUGGAUGCGGCUGUAUGAAGCGGCCACACACCACAAAGAGCGAGGAGUGGAGCUGGUGAAGCAGAAGAGAAUGGCUGAUGCAUUUAGGAGGUUCUCCAAAGCCCUGAAGAUGUUAAUAGCAAUUGAGCCAAUAGAUUUGGAAGAAAUACCUGAGGAGAGUGUUAAGGAAAUGAAAGAACUCAAGGUGAAACUUCUGAACAAUUUAGCUCACUGUCAAAUUCAGUACAAUGAGUUUGAAGCAGCACUAGACCUGUGCAACCGUGCCUUGAAAUAUGACCCAGACAACAUCAAGACAUACUACCGGAGAUGUGUCUCGUACCAGGGCCUCAAUCUGUACGAGGAGGCGUGGAAUGACAUCCAACAUGUGUUGAAAUUAGAUCCCAGUGACCGAGCCGCCCAGCAGAAGGCUAGCUUACUCAAACCAAAAGUGGAUGAGAUUAAAACGAAAUAUGCUAAUGUUAUGAAGAAAAUGUUUGUCUAAAGAAUUGAGGGGUAUUGUAUGAGUUAAAUUCAUGGUUUUUGAAAAAAGAAAUGUAUGAGAUUGUAUAAAA